AUGGAGAUUAAGACAAUGGAGAUACAGUUUAAUGAUAUAUUAGAAGAAAUGGGAUGUCCUCAUUUAAUUCCUAGAUUUGAAGAUUUAUCAAAAUCAACAGACGAAUCGUAUUUAGAAAGGAUCCGCUGGAGGAAGUUAUUGAAAACUGGAAAUGUGCUUCCGAAUUUAUAG